GGGUCCGCAGGCAGGAGAGUGAAGCGCGCAGCUGCCAGGACUUGCGGGGGUGACGUGCGCCGCUGCCAGGACCUUGCCGGUGGAGAGCAUAGUUGCCAAAACCAAGGCGGAGGAGCGCACCGCUGCUAGGAUCCGGGCGGAGGAGCCCACCGCGGCCAGGACCUAAGGAUGCAGUACACUGCUGCCAGGAUCUUGUCUGUGGAGCGCAGCGCGGCCAGGACCUCCGGCUGCAGCACACCGCUGCCAGGAUCUCGUCGGCGAAGCGCUCCGCAGUCCGGACCCCGCCCCGUGAGCGUCCCCGACCCCGCCCCGUGCGCGUCCCCGGCGUUGGCGUCGUCGUCCUGGUGCUGGUCUCCGUCAGGUCGCCGGCCGCCUAGGUCUCCGGCCCUCCCCAGCCGCUCCCGCGCCGUUGCCGGCCCCGCCGCCCGCAGCCCUGGCGCUCCCUGCGGGCCCCGCCGAGGCCGCCUGCGCCCUGUGCCAGCGCGCGCCCCGGGAACCGGUGCGCGCCGACUGCGGCCACCGCUUCUGUCGGGCGUGCGUGGUGCGCUUCUGGGCCGAGGAGGACGGGCCCUUCCCGUGCCCCGAGUGCGCGGACGACUGCUGGCAGCGCGCCGUGGAGCCCGGCCGGCCCCCGCUCAGCCGCCGCCUUCUGGCGCUCGAGGAGGCGGCCGCGGCGCCCGCGCGCGACGGCCCGGCCAGCGAGGCCGCGCUCCAGCUGCUGUGCCGCGCCGACGCCGGCCCUCUCUGCGCCGCCUGCCGCAUGGCUGCGGGCCCCGAGCCGCCCGAGUGGGAGCCGCGCUGGAGGAAGGCGCUGCGCGGCAAGGAGAACAAGGGGUCUGUGGAAAUCAUGAGAAAGGACUUGAAUGACGCCCGGGACCUGCAUGGCCAGGCAGAGUCAGCAGCUGCAGUGUGGAAGGGACACGUGAUGGACCGUAGGAAGAAGGCACUGACCGACUACAAGAAGCUGCGGGCGUUCUUUGUGGAGGAGGAGGAGCACUUCCUGCAGGAGGCUGAGAAGGAGGAGGGGCUCCCUGAGGACGAGCUGGCUGACCCCACUGAGCGGUUCAGGUCACUGCUACAGGCGGUGUCGGAGCUAGAGAAGAAGCACCGCAACCUGGGCCUCAGCAUGCUGCUGCAGUGAUGGCGCCAACCCACGGCAGUCCCAGAGCUGGAGGAAGGAGGAUGGAUCCUCAUCUCCAUGGGAAGUGUCAGCGUGUGGCUGCCAGGGAAGCGUGGCAGGCUCCUGGCCUUGGGUCCGUCUACAUAGUUGCGUGUUUCGACAAUGUCCAUUUAUCCUUCACCCCGAGGCGUGUUUUGGGGGCUGCAAACACCUCCCAGUAGAGGCUGGACCUAAGGACCCUUCCCACCUGUGCCCAUCCCUUCCUGAAGUCCUGGCCACAGCCUAUCCUCCAUGAGUUUCGGCAGCUCUGGGCCAUGCCCUUCCCUGGUCACCCAUCUGCCCCUCACCUCGUCAUCCAGGGACCCAGACCCUGCACCUUCCAUGCGGGCCCACAGAUCCUUGGCAGGUACCUGUGGUGCACCAUUGAGUGUCAGAUUUGGGGUUAGCAUCCAGAAAGAAGAACGCACAUGAGGCUCGGUGAAGGCUGGAACUCAGGUCUUCAGGGAGAGAAAGGAAGACUAGAUUGCACCUUGAUGUCUUCUGAGGAGGUGGCCCUCCUCUUGAGGUGGGCAUGGGCCCCGCCCAGCCUUAUCCUCGUCGCUCUGUCCACCUCCCCCUUCCUGGCCCCCACCCCACUCCUGUGCCUCCCAGGAGCCCUCCCUGUGCUCCACCUGCCUCCGCAGAAGGAACCCUCUUUCUCUGUUUCCCUGGGUGAGGGGGCUGGCAGGUGGCUAACCCCAUUUAGCAUCUCCAGGCCCUGCCAUGGUGUCUCAUCUUGCUGUUCUCUCUGGCUCUUUCUCUCCUCUCAUUUCCUUUAGUAGUUGAAUUUUGCAAAGCUCGUAGCAGUAGCUCAGUUGCCUGCAGCAUUGUUGUGUGUAGAUAAAUUAGUCGACAGAAACUCAGCACUGGGGACAGGAUUGCAAAGUCGGGGACAUAGAUGCAGACAGAUGUUGAGAUUCGGGGAUAGCUGGGCUUGUGAGCGGUGCCCAUUUCCAGAUGAAGCCUUUCAGCCCUUCCGAGUCCCCGGCCUUUGGUGCGAUGUCUGUGAGUUUGACCUGCCCAGCGCGUGGGCUGGCUCAAUGCUGAAUAAAGUGGGUUUGUGUCAGCUC